AUCGCUGGUACCAGCCUGAUGGACCUACAUGUAGUAUAUCUUGAUAUUGAUUUGCCAUGUGGCAUGUGGACUAAAUUUGGUCAGGAUCUCGGUCAAAUACCAAAGUGCUAUGAAAUUUGAAACAUUGGUGCAUCAUUCUAUUGUAAACUUUGAUAACGAAGAGCUCCAUGCCAAAGAUGCCUACGAGGAACUAUGUCGGCUCAUCUGGGGCCAAGUACCAUAAGAUGACAAAGUCUUCUGAUGAUGGCUUUGUGGACUUACAGUUUCAGAGGCCUCCUCCUAAAGUGCCCUAUAAAGCCAUCCUCCUGGCAACAGUCCUCUUCUCACUCGGUUCUCUCCUGAUUAUACUGGGAGCACUUCUUCUCUCUGGAGUCAUUGAUGCAAAGUAUGCAGACAGAACGUGGCCUGUUUUAAUCCUUGGUCUUCUCAUGUUCAUUCCUGGUGUCUAUCAUGUACGCAUCGCUUAUUACGCAUUCAAAGGAUACUCUGGGUACUCAUUUGAGGACAUUCCUGAGUUUGACUGAAGCAGACAUUUCAAUUAAAUCAAGUAUGAGUGGGGAUUUUGUCACAUAACAAACAUCAUACCCAAUACAAGUUUGCUAUGUAGCCCUUUUUCUCAGUGCAGCUUGUCUCUGGCAAUAUCAGGGGAUUACUAAUUUGAGAACUCUACCAAAUUAUAUGCAGUCUUCUCACCCCUGUGUGAGUUGAGUAUCUGUCAGGCUUAUGGCCAUUCUGUCAGGGAGUGGAUCAAAUCAGAAUGUAUGCCAAACAGACAGCAGUUCAUUCCAGUGCAAUAUUACUUGUCAUUUAGUGUAGUUGUUGUUAAGUCUACAGUGUACAAAUGUAUAUAAUUUAUCAUAAAAAAUGUUGAAAAAUUAGAUUCAUAACACACAAGUGAAUGAGUUUGGUAAAAAUUUUGAAAUGGGUAUCAAGAAUAACCUGUGUAUGUAUUGUUUCCAAUAUUUCUUCUCCUUGAAGACAGUAAUGUACAAAAUGACUCAAUUAUCUUUCUCCAUUAUUGUCAAUGAAAAUACCAAUGUCACCAUCUCUAAAGUCUUUUCAAUCGUGUUUGGUAUUCUAUCAGCUGAGAAUCAAGAGCUGAAACUAUCUAUUUAAGUUUGAUAUUGUACUAUGCAUCUGUGUGUGAGUCAUCUCUGAUUAAGUGUUUGAAUGUAUGUUUCAUCUGUAUAUAAUAUUCACUACAUUCUAUUUAUAUUUUGUACAUAAAAUGUAUAUCUGAUAAAGCUCUCAUUAUGAAUGAAUAAAAGAUUUGAAAUUGA